CUCGUAUUCGGUAUUCUGGUGUCCAGUAUUCUCUAGUGAGCAAACAAGAUGAGCUGCAACGCGUGUUUGUGGCACAGCCUCCUGGUUGUUUUAACACUGCUGUCGAGGACCAUGUCCCAAGAACCCACACCCUCUCCAUUCCAAGCCGAAGUUAGUCUGACCAGAGGUGAGGUGAGGCUGUUUUCGGGGGAGGGGGACGUGGAACUGACGUGCAGUGUGCCUGGGGACGCCUCACCUCUCUGGAAAUUCCAGUGGUUUAAGGGCGAUCAGAUGCUGGCUGAGGGGGCCACUUACGUUAUAGAUAAAGCCCACGUCCGGGAUGGUGGACUAUACACCUGCCAGGGGUCGAGGUACACAGAGACACGGCAGCUACCUCUGGAGGCCCGUCCCAGCCACCCUUUCCACCUACACGUGGAUGGUGGGUGGGCAAUCUUGCGGGCACCCACAGAGUACAGACUCCUUGGAGAAUCAAUGAUUCUGACGUGUCGUGUCCGUGGCAACCCUUUUCUGGUAGAGGUUAUCUUUUACAAAGAUGGAGUAGAAUUCUGGAAACAGAGCAACAGUGAAUUGCUCUUAACCAACGUCACUCUGGAUGAUCGGGGAAGUUACUGGUGCAGAGCCACAUGGGAGAGCCGUCUGAUGUACCACUCUGCCAUAUCCCAGCCUGUUCCAGUUGAUGUAAAGGAAAUACUGGAAGAUCCCCAACUUGAGUCUGAAUUUUCCGUGGUCUUUCAUGGAGAUAAUGUGGUUCUUCACUGUAACACCCAGCUGAAUACCAGGGAGGAUGGCCUGAAAAUAAUGUAUUACUACUACAAGGACGGCGAGAGACUGGGCCCAGCCACAUCCUCCAGCAGCUAUGUCAUCCAGCAUGUGGUCGUCCAAGAUAGUGGGCUUUAUCAGUGCCAAGCCACCACACGUAAACUAAACUUGGAGAAGUGGAGCAAUACGGUCAAAUUAGACGUAAUCCCUCCGCUGAAAUGAAGUUACUCAGAAUUCAUUGAUUCUAUAUCGCUUCUGACUUAACUCCUAUUGAUCUGGAAAAUCUUCAGUCUUGUCAAAUAAAGCCAAACUCUUGACACAA